AGGAUGGGCCAUUAUCUUUUUUACCCUAACAACUCAUCUACGCUCUCAUCUUUUCUACUCUCUCAAUUUCUACCCAAAUACUCCCUUAAAUCAACCUAUUAACAAUCUAUUCUACACUUCUUGAUCAAUUGAAAGUUUACUGCUUAAAUUUCACUUAGUUGGACCUAAGAUCGUCGGUCAAAGGCAGUCAAAAUCGGUCAAAGUCUAUGAAGUAUUUGAAAAAUCAUUAAUUACAGAUUAACGAAAGACCUAAUGGAGGCGGUGGUGAUUGAUGCUGGUUCUAAGCUCUUGAAAGCAGGCUUUGCAAUUCCCGAUCAAGCUCCUUCAAUGAUUAUUCCAACUCAAAUGAAAAUCAUGAAUGAAGAUGCUACUUUGCCCGAUUCUCCAUCGCAACAGGCAAACACGGUUGAUCCAGUUGUACGUGGUUUUAUUAAAGAUUGGGAUGCUAUGGAAGAUCUACUGCAUCAUGUUCUUUACGAUGGUCUAGGAUGGGAAAUCGGAAACGAAGGACAAAUUUUGUUCGCAGAUCCACUUUUAACUCCCAAGGCUGUGAAAGAACAGUUGGUGCAGUUGUUGUUCGAAACAUUUAACGUUUCGGGCUUUUACGCUUCAGAGCAAGCAGUAUUAUCACUAUAUGCAGUAGGACGCAUUUCAGGCUGCACAGUUGAUAUCGGUCACGGGAAAAUCGAUAUUGCUCCGGUAAUUGAAGGUGCGGUUCAGCAUGUAGCUUCGAAAAGGAUAGAAAUAGGCGGUGCUGAUUUGACGAAGUUGUUCGCGCAGGAACUCGCAAAGUCGAAUCCACUUAUAAAGCUCGAUAUUUCGGAAGUUGAGAAGUUAAAAGAUCAGUAUGCUUGUUGUGCUGAGGAUGAGAUUGCGUAUGAAAAAAAGUUACAAUCAUGCGAUGAAGAGCAGCAUACUUUGCCAGAUGGUCAGGUGAUUUCGAUCAAAAGAGAUAGAUACACAGUAGGAGAAGCAUUGUUUCAACCGUCUAUAUUGGGCUUGGAGGCCCAUGGGCUUGUUGAACAGCUUGUUCGGAUUAUCUCAACUGUAUCAUCUGAAAACCAUCGCCAGCUGUUGGAGAACACCGUUCUGUGUGGCGGAACAGUUUCCAUGACAGGUUUUGAAGAGAGAUUCCAGAAGGAAGCUAGUCUUUGCUCAUCAUCCAUUCGUCCUUCGUUAGUAAAGGCACCGGAGUACAUGCCAGAGAAUUUAUCCAUGUAUUCAGCAUGGGUGGGAGGUGCCAUACUUGCCAAGGUUGUCUUUCCUCAAAAUCAGCAUAUAACAAAGGCAGAUUAUGAUGAAUCUGGGCCGUCCGUUGUCCACCGCAAGUGUUUCUGAGAUAAUGUGGUGUGUAUCUGGGCCCUACUUGUUAGAUUUAUGAGGUUGUUAGGUAAGAAUCUAUUCAAGCAUGUAGUGUAUAUGGAAAUUAACAUUUGCUAACUUAUGAACCCUAAAUUGUUGUGUCUUGAUAUUGCUUGCUUUCUGCACAAUUAAUCAAAUUGGGGUGCGUGUGGGUGUGCAAAGGUA